GAGUUUGGACCUGCAAACGGAGGCCGGUUUGCCCUCGUCUCUAUGGUUGGCCAGGCGACCGGAAGGGGAAGAAGGGAAGGAGGCGGAUAAAGCCUGGAUCGGGGCUGCUGCCGCCACCCGGACUCAGGCGAGAUGGCGGCCGCCCAGGUGGCGGCGGAGGCCGAUAUGGCCGCGGAGGGCUUGGUAGCCGGGGAGCCGGGGCAGCCCAAGCCGAAGCCCAGUCCCGAGGCGGAAGCGGCGGCCGUGGCGGCGGCCGCAGGUGCGGCCGCGGCGGAGCCUGAGGAAGUGGAAGGGGACUCUUUUCCGGAGGACUACGGGCUGAUGCGCCUCGACUCGCCUACCUACGUCCUGUACAGGGACAGACCAGAAUGGGCUGAUAUAGAACCGGUGCCUCAGAAUGAUGGACCAAAUCCAGUGGUCCAGAUAAUUUAUAGUGAAAAAUUUAGAGAUGUUUAUGAUUAUUUCCGGGCAGUUCUGCAACGUGAUGAAAGAAGUGAACGAGCUUUUAAAUUAACUGGAGAUGCUAUUGAGCUAAAUGCAGCUAAUUAUACAGUGUGGCAUUUUAGGAGAGUUCUCUUAAAGUCUCUGCAAAAGGAUCUAACUGAGGAAAUGAAUUAUAUCACUGCAAUCAUUGAGGAACAGCCCAAAAACUACCAAGUCUGGCACCACAGGCGAGUGUUAGUGGAGUGGCUGAAGGACCCAUCUCAGGAGCUUGAUUUUAUUGCUGAUAUUCUUAACCAAGAUGCAAAGAAUUACCAUGCCUGGCAGCAUCGACAGUGGGUCAUUCAGGAGUUCAAGCUUUGGGAUAAUGAGCUGCAAUAUGUAGACCAACUUCUCAAAGAGGAUGUGAGAAAUAAUUCUGUCUGGAACCAAAGACACUUUGUAAUUUCUAACACUUCAGGCUACAAUGAUCCUGCUAUCCUGGAGAGAGAAGUCCAGUAUACUCUAGAAAUGAUAAAAACAGCACCACAUAAUGAAAGUGCAUGGAACUAUUUAAAAGGGAUUUUGCAAGAUCGUGGCCUUUCCAAGUAUCCCAAUCUACUAGAGCAAUUGUUAGAUUUACAACCAAGUCACAGUUCUCCCUACCUGAUUGCCUUUCUUGUGGAUAUAUAUGAAGAUAUGCUAGAAAACCAAUGUGACAACAAAGAAGAUACACUUAAUAAAGCAUUAGAGAGUGAAGUGUGCAGAACCCAGAGAAGAAUUUAUACAACAUUGUAAGGAAAAACAACUUUGAAAGACUCUCUCAUCAAUGCAAUGACCAACCAUGAUUCCAGAGGACCAGUGAUGAAACACGUUGCCUAUCUCCUGACAGAGGUCAACUUAAGGUGCAGAAUGAGACCUAUUUUCAGGCAUGGCCAAUGUGAAGAUUUGUUUGCUUAUUUGAUACAAGGAUUUUAUUUCUAUAAUAUAUAUAUCUAAAUAUAAUUUUUAAAAGAAUUUUGGACUGAGGGAAUGGGGAAUAUAUUGAAAUGCUUCUCUGAUUUGGUGUUGGUUAAGUUGAGAAUAUUUAAGAGAAAGAAUGAAAAGGGCCAAAUGGAAUGUUGUAGAAAAGGGAAUUUGGACUGCCGAUUUUGGAACAUGUUUUUGUCUUUUUUUUUUGCAUCCCUAACAUUUAUUACAGAAUCUAGUAAAAUAGUAAGCACUUGAUAAUGCUUGUUGACUGUUUUACUGCCUUCUCCCUUUGAAGUCAGAAAAAGUGUUUUUAUAUUUGAUGCAUAAGGAUCUGUGAAACAAACUGGAAAAAGUUAAAAGGUGAGGAAGGUUUUCCUUGUCAGAACUGUUUUAGUUUAUUUUGUAAAGAAACAUUAUAAAGAGAAUUUUUGAGUAUAUUCUGGAGAGCUUUAUUUACCCUCAUUGAAGAGAGGAAAGCAAAAGAAUUAGCAUAACUACCUUCUUUAAGAGAUCGUAUAUAACUUGAGGAGAAAUAGAAAGAUUAUUGAGAGACUGUAACCAUUAAUUCGGGUGAAUGGUAUGUAAGUCAUCUGUUAUAUACAAGUUUUGAGGUAACAGUAGCUUUGAUUUUCUCGUAUUUUAUAUAAUUAAUUGUAUGUGUAUAAUAUCCCUUCUGUCAACUCUUCUAACACAGUGCUCUUCUCAUAAGCUCAGUCUCUAAAGGAUGGCUUGGCUUCUCUUAGUAAUUUAUUAUAAGUGGCUGUUACUACUACUACUAUAGCUCAUGAGUCCCCACUAUUCUGCUUCCAGUUAACAGUUAGCCAGUAGACUUAAUAGUUAGCUUUUUGCAAAAGCAUUUACUAAGAUGAAAAAUUAACUGUUGGUACAAAAUAAUGAUUUCAGAAGCCUAUGGCAUACUGUCCCAUAGAUACGGACAGCGUCCUUGGAAAAAGCAAUUUCCAACUUGAGUAUAUAAUCAAAGUGUGGAACACAUGUAGGAUACAUACAUACAUACCAAUUUCUGGUUCUAGAAGUCUUUUCCUGUGUCUAUAGCCAUCACUAUUCUCUAAUAUAUGCUCAGACACCUUGAAACUACCCUUUUCCUCAAAUGGCUGUCCCUUCAUAUCCAUGUAUGUCUUUAGCCUUAGUCUUCUGCUGUAUGAUAGCUCCAAUAAUUUAGCUGGGAGAGUAGGAAGAAGUGAGGCAAAAAAAAGAUCUUUUUCUCUCCAUCCCUUCUAUCACCAAUUUUUUCCUUUUUCGUGACAUAUUCCCUCCUUGGGUUCCAAUUCUCCCUUCACCCCUAGCUCCAACUUUUAACUGCCAAACUAUUAAGUUUCCCUUAGUUACUUAAGGCUCCUCUCAAAGACUGACCAACUAUUUUGGUUAACCAGUCACUGUUCUCUUCCAGAUUCAAUCAAAGAGGUUCAUAUUUCCUUGAGGAUUCACAGGGUUUAGAUUCAUCUGUGUAAUUGUAGUGUAUGGUAUAGUAGAAAAAUUCCUUAACACUUAUUUUACAUUUUGUGAUUAUAAGAACUUCUAUGGUUAUCUUAUUUGAAAUGGGUAAUUCAGCUACCUCUUUUACAUAUGGAUUACUUUUAAUGUUGAUUUCAUUAUUCUUUCAAUAACUUUGAUAGUUAUUCAGUCAUAGAUUAAGGGAUUUAAUAUAAAGAUCAAUAUCACUACUAUGUUUGGGACAUAGUAGUUACUCAGUACUUGAUUGAUAAGUUAGGAAAGGAGGUUUUUCUAGUUUAUUUCGUAAAUAAUACUUAUAGAAAUGAGGUGGAAGUUUGAGCCAGCUUAUUAAUGAACAAGGUGGAAAUUUUAUUAAUAAAAAUAUACAAUGCUUCUGGAAUACUUGAGUCAUGGAUAAGAAAAAAUAUGGAAAUGAGUCAAGUAACAGACUAAAGGAUGACCUACAAGUAAAAUUGGUAAGCCAUGUAAUUUUGUUUCACAAGGAGAGGUUGUCCUUCUAAACACUGAUAGCUCUGCACGUGCAUACAUAAGGUACUAGACAUAGUGGAGAAGAACUCUUGAGUCUUCAUUCAUUAGAAGGAGUAAUUUCUAAGCUCUGUGCCCCUUAAGACUGGUCUAGUUUGUCUAGAAAAGGCAGAGAAACUGUCCCUGAGGACUUUAUGUCCAAAGGAUGGUUUUGGACAUGACUUUUCAAUCACCUAAGGCACAAAAAUGCCAUUCCCCAAAGAGUUGGUGCCUCUUAGACUUAGUGGAUCUCCCAUUGCCAAACAAGCCAACACACUUCUGAAGAGGCAUUUCUGUAUGGAAGGGGAGCUGUGUCUACCUGAACCAGUGCUGUAUCUUUACUGAGUUUCAUUUCUAAACUAUUGUUAAAUAAACUGCUUUUUUAAAAAGUG